AUGAAUCAAUCUGACAUUCAUAUUCUUGAUCUACCCAACGAAAUAUUGAUUAUCAUCUUGAAGAAAUUGGGCAAUGUUGACGUUCUUUAUUCGCUAUUUGGAAUUAAUAAUCAACGAAUUGAUACUUUAAUAAACAAUGAUGUAUUUACUAAUGUUCUUAAUUUUGUAAUAACAUCAAUUAUUGAUCAUAAACUUGAUCGAUUCUGUAUUUAUAUAUUACCUCAAAGGCAUCAUUUUAUAAAAAAACUAAUUCUUGACGUAACAUCUAUGGAACGUAUUCUGCUUGCUGGUAAUUAUCCAAAUUUGACUUCUUUGGAACUGUUCAAUUUUGGACAAGAAACAGUUUUCCGUUAUUUUACAGGUAAGUGCCUAACAUACUCAUGA